AUGCUACAAAGAAUACCAGCACUAUUAUAUUUCAUCUCGUAUAUCUGGUUAGCAUUGUGUGAGCCAAUAUCGAAGCAUGUUAUAGAGUUUAAUGAUGAUAAUAUAGAACAAACUUUGGCCGGAAGCGACUUUUCGUUUAUAUAUUUUUAUUCUGAAGGAUGCGCUUAUUGUGCACAAUUUGAACCGGAGUUUGACUACUUAAGUAUCCUUUACAAUAAUAUCACGACGGAUGAUAAUGGUAGUAACAGUCUUCGCAUAUUGAAAACAAAUGCGUUGAAAAACAAGAAGUUAAGUCUGUUGUUCAGUGUGAACAGAUACCCAACAUUGAAGCUCUUGAACUUUGGCACCAAGGAAAUCGUCUCGUACAACGACCACCGGGACUUGGACAGUCUUAUCAGGUUCAUGACAAAAAACACCCAGGCCCAUCCAAAUUUCGAUAAUAUCAAAUCUAAUGUUCACUACUUGCAAUCCGAUAUUGAAAACUUCAUACAGUCAUCCUCUAAGAACACAUUAGUUGUUUUCACAGCUCUGCAUAUACAAGAGUGGACUGACUACAAAUAUCCAACACAUUUUUAUCAGGAAUUGGCCCUGUCUGAGUACGGGUCGGAUAUAGAUUUUAUGCUUGUAGAUGUCAAUAAGCUAAUGGAUAAUGAUUUUCUUGCGAAAUAUGCUGUGAGUAAUUUUCCAUCAAUGAUUUAUUUCACAAGGGAAGGAAAGUUUAAGACUCAUCACACAUUAUCACAAGAUACUUCAGUUAAAAUUUUAUUGAAUCACGACUUAAUAAGCGACUUUUUGGUGAAUUUAUCAGAUUCAAGUCCGUUGUAUGGUGAGUGGUACAACAAUUACUCGGAUUUCUCUGUAAAACUUUUAGAUGAAAAAACUUACUCUGGAAAUAAGCCAGUACGUAGAUACGGCUUUAAUACUGCCGGAGCGAGCCAAGCUAUCUCAGAACUCACUAUUGACGAUGAGUACGAUCUAUUAGUACAUAAUAUAGGAUUGUGA